GUUAAAAUAUAAAAUGACUGAUGAAACACACAAAGGAAGUUUAAUGCAGCCGUUUUUGUUACUAGCCAAGUCGUCUCAUGGAGCUGCUUUAUCACGACUUAUUCAGCAAGUGACUGAAUUACCAGGUAUUUACAAAUUUGGUGAGUUGUUACAAAUGCCUAAUGUGGUAGAAUUAUCAAAUAAUGAACUAUUUAAAAAAGACUGGAAGCUUCUUAAUUUGUUUGCCUUUGGAACAUUCAUGAGUUAUUCUGCAAAUAAGGAAUGUUUUCCAGAACUGAAUUCAAAUCAAAUUACAAAGCUAAAAUUGCUAUCUCUUGCGACAUUAGCCUCAAAAUCAAAGUAUGUAAGUUAUGAUGAAAUUAAAACCGAAAUUAGUCUUACCAACACAAGAUAUUUAGAAGAUUUAAUUAUUGAAGCAAUAUAUGCGAAUAUAAUACAAGGAAAGCUAAAUCAGCAGGAUCAACGUCUUGAAGUUGAUUUUGUUAUAGGACGUGACAUACAGCCAGAAAAGGUUGACUACAUUGUUACUAUACUAGAUAACUGGUGCAAAGGUUGUAGUAAUGCAAUUGUUUCGCUGGAAAAGCUGACAGAACAUGCAAACAACAUGAAAGACACGAAACUUCAACAAAGGAAAGUUACUGAGAAAGAGAUUGAUGAAGUUAAGAAUUUUUUAAAAACUCAAGAUCACUUAGUAGAUGCUAAUUUACAAUCUCAAAAAGAUAAAGCGAGAGGUCUUCGUAAUUUAGUAAAGCCAACUUCAAGAACAAAAUAGUAGAAGUUAAAUUAUAUAUUUGUAAUUAUGAUAAAUGUUGUGUCUAUUUAUAGCUUCUUUAAUUAACUUCUUUAACACUACUGGAUUUUUACUCACGAAAAACUAAGAACAUUUUACUUACACAA